GAGCGCAAACGACUCAGACCAAAUUCCAACGUUAGCUUGUACCGCCAUUUUUGUCGUCGUUUACUUAAUUAAGACGAAAUCGUGUUGAGAUGCUGACAAAAUUAACUGAAAAGCCACACCUGUGAUCGCGUAACGGUUUACUAAGUUAGCUAAACAUGAACAAAAACUCCUUCACUUUCGCUAAGAUAUCAGUCUCUUUUUCCGUUUAACUAACUUACAAAAGUCAAAGCUGUUCUUUGGUGGUAGAUUCCACUGACUACGUAAAAUAAUAAUGCUAAUAUCGAUUAAGAAGAAACUAUUUAUUGAGCAUUCUUUACUUUUUACCCAACAGGAUAUGGCGCGGGCAGUAAACAAAUUAUUUUCUAGCGUGUUUUAGUCCACCAUCGUGCCUCGAUGCUUGUUGCUCAACAUUAAAAACCUGUCCCGGGUCCUCUGCUCUCGCUUACUAACGCUACAACCAGGCUGCAGCCCAGAACUGGUGCCGGGCCAAUCAUUUCCCAGGAAAAUGUGACUGCUAGGAAUUCCCCUGUCGGAGAAAACUGCAACCUUGUGUCAGGAAGCUCUCGAAGCUAGCGGGAGGGUAAACUGACCGGUGACUGUGCGAUGAUGUAGCUAUUGUGCCGUUUGUCUCCAACUGGCUCCAGGGAUAAUCAUGUUUUUCUAACGUCGCCGUGUUUCCUGAGGACCAGCCGCUGACAACCUGCGUAAAGUCGGGGAACAUGCCGUGCUGAUGACAACUUCCACCAGGGUGUAGAUGCUCCAGGCGCAGCGGGACCCAGCCUCCGUGUCAGAGAGGGACGAGGCUGCUCCCACCUGGGCCACCGCGCUCCUCUAAAACCCGGCUCGUGGUCUCGCUAACCAGCCAGAUUAGAGAACAGGAGGGCGACAGGGAAGCCAUUUUGUGAAGUGACGCCGAGUCCGCGCAGAGAAGGAGCCAGGAGUAGUCGUAGCCAGGGUAUUUUCGGCUGCUCCCUGCCCUCUGAACUCCACUGCCAUGACGACUGCAGUACAGCCCAGUGAACUGGUGUUUGAAUUUGCCAGCAACGGGAUGGACGAAAUCAACCAAGUGUGCAGUUAUCUCAUCCCCGCACCCCUCUCUGAAUCCUGUGGAGCAGGCUUGAUUCUGGACGACCCGUCAGUGUUCCCAGCAGUGAUCGUUGAGCAGGUGCCCGCAGCCGAUCUGCUGCAGGUCUAUUCAGGCCUGGAGUCCGAUGAGGUGACCAACGGCAUCAUGGUGGACACCACUCUCCAUGUUGUGGAGGAACCUUCCAUCUUGGUGGGAGGGGUGGACCUCUCAGAAACAACAGUCUCAGGCGCGGAGGACAGCAUGGAGACAAACGAAGCUGCAGCAGCUCUUCUGAACAUGGAGUCCCCAAACAACAUUUUGGAUGAGAAGCGUUUGAUUCACACCUACGGCGCUCUGCUGGAGUCAGACUUGACAUACGCCCCCCUGAGGCCUGACCAGAUGGAUAAUGGCGCCCUUGACAUGUCCCUAGAUGAGGACACUUCAUCCAUGGACGAGAUACCCCAAAAGUGUCCCUUAAAACCACAGAAAAAAACCAAAGUGCGUAAGCCGCGGGCGGUGCGACCCUGCUCCCCUAUCACCACCCCUAACCUGCCACUCAGGAAGAAGAGCAAAGAGGGCAAAGGCAACACGAUCUACCUGUGGGAGUUCCUUCUGGCUUUACUGCAAGAUAAAAACACCUGUCCCAAAUACAUCAAGUGGACACAGCGGGAGAAAGGCAUCUUUAAGCUGGUGGACUCAAAGGCUGUUUCAAAGCUCUGGGGCAAACACAAGAACAAGCCUGACAUGAACUACGAGACCAUGGGCAGAGCUCUCAGGUACUACUAUCAGAGAGGCAUCCUGGCUAAAGUGGAGGGGCAGCGGCUGGUCUAUCAGUUUAAGGAGAUGCCAGCCGAUCUGGUGGUGAUCGACGAUGAAGACACGGGCGAAAACGGUGGAUACGGGAAUCAGAGAUCUGCCAACGGGCGGUCUAUGGUCCGUGGAGGGUCCAAAGGGAAUGGGAGGGCUCAUGGCCAACACCAAGUCUCAGUGAAGCAGAUGAAGAAGGAGCCGAAUGAUGAAUGUCUGUACCAGGAAGCCAAUGGCGGGCAGGCCGAGCAGCUCCUCCAGUCUGUCCAUAUGUUGCAGGCCAGCCAAGGUUCGCUCGUCCAAGACCCGACACAAGUUAUGAGGACUAUGACUGCUCCUGCAUCAGUUCCCAUGGUCCUGACAUCUCCCCUCACCACUGUCCUGGCCAACGGGGACUCCAGCCACUGCUCGCCUCCUCGGGUUAUUCUCCACACCAUGCCCUCCACCACAGCAGGUGCUAAAGAUGUGCUCACCAUCCAGACGGCCUCUCUAGCAGGCGGCGCCAGCAGCCUGCAGGACGGCCUCCCUCAGCAGCUCCUAGUCACCAGUCUGGGCUCCUCCGCCGUCUCCUCCUCCUCCUCCUGCACUUCCCCGCCGGGAGUUAUUAGUUCCACAGCUUCCAACCUCAACGGUCUCCCUCGUCUGGUCACCAUCAACACAACCUGCGGGCAGACCAUGGUGGCACAGCAGCCCGGCACCGUAAUCGCCACCGUGCUCAAAUCCAGCGACCUGUCGGGGCUGCAGGUCAAAGAGGAGCUGCUGGACCCCAGCUACUUCCAGUCGAUGGUGAACGGUGAUCCGUCACUGGUGGCAAAUACGUUUGAGAAAGAAGAGAUGGAGGUAGGGGAAGCAGAGCUGCAGUAUAGGACUGUGAUCAUUGAUACCAGUCAAAACCAGGGCCAGGAGGCUGUGAGUGAAACUAUAAUUAAUGGACAUUCCUCCCAGAGCAGCAGCCCCAGUGAGGGCCUGACCCCUGUGGAGGAGCUGGAAGUGCGUGGGGAGAUGUCCCUGCAGCCUGAGCAGGGCAUCAAAGGCCUGCAGGAGCUGCCAAUGUCUGUCCAAUUGCCUGCAAACUUUAUCCAGAUAAAGACAGAGCCUGCAGAGGCUUAGGGCUGCAGGACUCCUCCACACAAGCUGAACCAAAAAACAACCACUGAUUCCAUUUUCGACCACAGACUUCUCUUUUCCUACCACAGUGAUCUGAUCAGAGAUCGGAGCGAGGGAUCUUGCAGCGAGUUGCUCUUGAAGGUUGGUCAGUUCAGCCUCAGGAUUUAUUGUUUACUCACGUAUUUUGUGACCAUGUGCCUAAUUUUAAAAAUCAAGGGAGUGUUUAGUGUUUCUAAGAAGUCACUUUUAAGAUUUGGGAUUUUUUUUUUCCAUACAGACAUCAACCCUAACACACACAGAUACAAAGGAAAACGCACACACACCUAUCCACAGACACGCACAUACACAAAACAAGCUCCCCCUCAAGGAGAACAGCCAUUGGAUAAACCAGGGAUCCCUGUCUACCAAAUGUGCCAGUUAGUAAUUUUCUUACAUCUCAUUGGACUGUCUUAAAAGAGGAGAAUGCGGCAAACUGAAACUGUGGACUGAAUGCCAAACGAUGCAAUGAAACUCAGACUUCUGAGAACGUGCAGAGGGUGUGCGUAUGUGUUUUUUAAAGCACAUACAAGUUUCCGUUCGCCUGGAUGAGGGAUGGAUGCUGCCUUGCGGCGUCCAGGUGAAAAACGCAUCUCGGAGUUUAAUUGAAGAGUGCCUUACAGGAAGUUCAAACAGCUCAAGACUCUUCCUUUGAAACGUCUGGGACAAAGAUGAAAAACGGACUAAAUGGCUUUUCAGACUUUCAGACAUCUAAGAACUUAUUACUCAUUUAUUUUCAUAUAAACAAAAAAGUUAUGCAUUCACUCUCUAUUACUCCUGGCCUUAAAACACUGUGUUACUAUGGAAAUGGGCAUUUUCUGUCCACCAAGGACAGUCCAACAUCAGAACUGUUUGUAUAGAGCUGCAGACCGGAGGCUCAGCAAGAUAGGGAGGCACGAAUGGAGAGAAAGAAUACGCAGGAUAAAACAGAUUUUAUCAGCCUCUGCUUCAGAGGCUCAGAGGUUUAAAUCCUGUUUAUAUGAAAUGGAAUUAUAUAUAUAUAUACGUAUAAUAUACAAUUGAGAUUCAAUUUUAAGGCCAUAGCGAAUUUAUUUAUUUUGUGAAUUUCUAAAUUCUGUAUAAAAAAGGCACAUUUGUCUUCUAUUUACAUGUGUAAACAUGAGGGAAAAUACAAAGAAUAUGAACGUUAAUACCAGAAAGCUUAUUUAGUAGUUUUUUUAAGACCAACAUUUUUCAUUUGUAUAGCGUUCCAUAUAAUCAGCUUUGGUAUUAGUUCAGUCAGUUUUGGACUCGAGUGCUCAGUGCAGCAUCAUUAUUCCACUGUUAUAUUCUCUUAUUGUAGAUAUGCCCUGUUGUGUGUCUGAUUUAAACAUGUACUGAAUGUGCUUUGGUUCCUUCUUUGCGACAGACGUACCUCUUUACCUUUUUCAACAGUUAAGCAGUAGGGACUAUGCGUUCAACAAUAUUAUUUUCUGUGUACUGCAUCAAGUCUCAAAUGUAUCAGUCAGUAUGUCUUUGAAAUCAUAUCUCAAGUUUCUCUCGUCAUUUGGUACAAAGACGUACCCGUGCUGUUUUUCAAGCCCUCCUCUUCCUGUCUUCUCUCCUCGUCUCCUCUGGCCUUGCAUCCUCUCCCCUCGUCUCGCCUCCUCUCUCCUCAUCUCUUCUCGCCUCGUCUCUUUUUGCAUCAUUUCCUCUCGUCUCCUUCUUCCUCUCAUCUCCUCUCCUCUUCCUCUCCUGCUCUCGGGUCAGUCGAGUCUGUGCCUUCUUUAUUUGCUGCCCCACUUUGUUAAGGACCUCUCAGGCCAACCAUGCGAAUGGCCCCUCGGUCCUGCCGGGGAUGAAGCCAUAUUGAUCCUGAGCGGUACCACAGCUAAAUUGGUUGUAUUUUCCAAACCGGACUGUGGCUGCAGAGAGGACAUUCAGACAUGCUGACCUCCAUCCGCACUGGCAUCUAAGGACAGGAGUUAAACGCUGCUUUACAACCCCACAUCAGCCAAACGGCUCUGGGUCUGCAAAGACACUCUGAAUGUAUACUUAUUGUUUAAGUACAUGCUUAUGCAAAUUUUUUUGACAAUCAAUGAUUACACUGGGUUACAUUUGCAUCAAAAUAAGUCAGUCUUUGAGUGGGGAUAUGCUGCUUUUUUUUGCGUUGUGUAUAUUCCCGUAUCUGCCCUGUGUUUUCCUUAACGCACUGUUGUCUGUGAGAUGGUGAGGUAUGUCCACUGCUUAUGUUUUGUUGCUUCUCUUGUCUUGGGUUGUCAAUUGCCUCCUUUAUGCUGAAUAUAGAAUAGAUUUUUAAGAAAAAGUAAAUGUACUAAUUAAAAACAAAAUCUUCAUCACUGAAAA